AGUACUAUACGAGAGAAAGGGAGAUAAUUUUUUUUUAUCACCAAACCCUAGACGAGAGAGACGGAAGACUAGCAACAAUGAUGUCCCAGCUCUAUCCCUUCCGCUUACCAUUAUCGUCUCGCCUCUUCUUUCCAUCGCCAUCGUCAUCACUUCCCAGACUCCAACAACCUAUAUCAUGCGGCGGAGGAGGCAAGAACAUCAACAGAAACCGAAAGAAAAAAGAUCGGAUCAAGAACAUCGAUGCGGAUCUAUCAUCGGCUUUAUCUAUCCAAGCCAAGAAGUUUAAAGCGCUGGCGAUUGAGAAAGAAGAUGCCAUGAACAAGAGCAGGCAGAUCCUCUUCUCAGAACUAUGCGAAUUCGCUGGAAUUUCACUACUGGAUAUGAAGAUCAGGUGGACUAAGAAGAUGCAUGCAGAUGAUAAGUUAGUUCUGGUAAGAGAGUUCGUUUCGGAAUGGGGAACAGAUUUCCAUCCUUUGUCUGCUAGGUCAGUUGAAGAGAUGAUUGAACAACACUUGUUGGCUGACGAAGACGAUCAAGAACUAUCAUCAUCGGUAGCUCAUGAUCAUCCUCCUUCAUCUUCUCAUUUUAGCUUAUUUUCUGGUUGGAUGAAUCUCCUUAAGGAAUGGAAUAAAUAAAUAUAUUCAAUCUUCUUUUAUUUCA